CCGAAAUGCUUCGAAAUCAUGCGACUUCACUGAAGUAGAACAUCGUUUUGAGAGCUCCAGAUCUUAUAAAAACCUACCUGGAAGUAAUUGAAAUUCCAUUGCUCGAUUUCAAAGAUGACUAUAGAGACUACACCCUUUUCCGCCAACACAGAAAAAGUCAAUCAAGACACUCUCUCACGUGAGCGGGAGAUUGCUACUGACACGGAAAUUGAAACAGUCCAGGAGAAUGGCGCUGAAGAUGGUGUUUUCGGAGGCUACGACCAUAUCACGUGCUAUGUGAACUCGGCCGAUAUCAUGGCAGAACAUUUUAUCCACGUGUAUGGCUUCACCCCUUACUGUCACAAAGGCCUCGAAACCGGGUCUCGUAUUACCAACGUCCGUGUUGUCCGUAAUGGAGGUGUCAUUAUUCAGUUUGUGAGCUGUCUCAGACCACCAAAAUCGAGAGGCCUUUCUGAAGAAGACAUGAAGUUCAUCCAAGAAAUCCAUCACCACACUACUACACAUGGAGAUGCAGUCAAGGAUGUUGCGUUCCAGGUCAGUAAUGUGGAACAGGUUCACAAAAGAGCCUUGGAGGGUGGCGCAACCUCAGUGCUAGAGCCCACCACUUACAAGGACGAGCAUGGUUCGAUUACUAUUUCCAGGGUUGGAGUAAUCGGAGACACAACUCAUACGCUAGUUGAUCGGAGUUCUUAUUCCGGUUUUCUCCCUGGUGGCUACCAGCUCGACAAUUUGGAGAACAAUUCUGCAACAGAGGUGAAGUUUGACGUAAUUGAUCACUGCGUUCAGAAUCUAGGUUGGAACAAGAUGGUCAAGUCAUGCGAAAUGUAUAAAAAGAUCUUUGGCUUCCACAAAUUCUGGUCUGUGGAUGACAAGCAGGUUUAUACAGCCUUUUCUGCCCUCAAGUCCACAGUAAUGGCGUCACCGUCCGAGAAAAUUAAAAUGCCAGUGAACGAGCCAGCUAAAGGCCUAAAAAAGUCGCAAAUCGAGGAAUUCUUGGAAUUCUAUGGCGGUCCGGGGAUUCAGCACGUUGCUUUGAAGGUGGAUGAUAUUCUAAGUACCGUUGAGGCCCUUAGAGCACGAGGUGUUGAAUUCAUUGAUGUUCCUGAUCGGUAUUAUCAAAACCUGGAGAAAAGAUUGAAGGAAAGCAAGCAUCCAGAGUUUAAGGAAAGCAUGGAAAAAAUCAGGCAACUUGGCAUUCUCGUUGACUUUGACGAGGAUGGAUACUUAUUGCAGCUUUUCACGCGGUCAGUGUUUGAUAGGCCCACGUUUUUCUUUGAAGUUAUCCAAAGACAUAACCACAAUGGAUUCGGUGCUGGCAACUUCAAGGGACUUUUCGAAGUGCUGGAGGAGGACCAAAAAAGAAGGGGCAACUUGGUGGAUCAAGAUGAGGAGGCCGAUCCUUACGAUGUUAAAUUGGAGUGAAGUGUACUCAAAACGUAGUAGCAAACUAUUUGCUACAUCUGACAAAAUAUAUAAAUCUGCUUCGAAAAAUAUCUGUAUAAUGCUCACCAGGUUUGCAUCUCUUCGAAGUAGUCAAUCCUCUUUUUGUUGUCUAAGUUUUUGAUGACGGCAGCUCUGACGUUAUCGGUCAUAUUAGGGUGGGCACAGAUACCGAAAGCAACGGAUCCAGUACUAUUGGAAAUUUCUUCUUGUACGAGCUGGUCGAUGUCGAUUCUUCCCCGUCUAAAUUCGACAUAGUCAAAGGCUUGUUGCAAACUUUCCAGCGUAAGGGUUUGCUCGGAAAUCUUCUCUCUUUCCGAAUUCUUUUCUUCAGAAAACUCCACAGAGCUACCAGAACUGGAGAUCAUGUCAGUAUCGACUUCGGCUAUGCUAGAAUUGGGAUUGGAGACAUAAAUGAUAGGUCUGCAAUUGGUGCCCUUGAAUUGCAUGAGCUCCUCCUUGAACCAGUUCAAGGAGUUGUAUUCUCUCACUGCCCAGUAGAGUUUUACCUCUGUCUUGACUUCUCUAGACACAAGGUCCAAUGCGUAGGAAAAUGGGCCUGGGAUACCGUUACCACCAGCAAUCAGAACAGCCUUGUCGUACUGAUGGUAUGGGUUUCUCAAACCGUAGGGGCCUUCAACAAGGACUUUGACAUUGAAAACAUUAUGGCCGUGAUUUUUAACUUUAUGACCCAUGAGCUUGGUAACGCCGCCUUUAAUUUUGCAGUAGAAAUGAAUGUGGCUUUUGUCUGUGAUAGAGUCAAUUAAGGUGAAAGGGUGAGAUUGCCAGAAUGUUCUUGGAGUCAAAAAGUAGACAAA